CCCGUCAUUACCUCUAGGCGGCCACUUACUUACAAAUCAGAAGAAGUUGCUAUAUUCAAGAAGAGAGCACAGUAGGAACCAUUCAAUCACCCACCGCCUUCACCAGAGCUGAACAGAAGAAGUCAACAUUGGACAUCCUCAAGCAUCAAAAUGCAGUCCUCAGACCCACGCCAUUUCUUCGAGACCGAUGCGGAGAUUGCGAAGAGAGAGAGGAGAGAAGCCAAAACCAAGAACACCUAUGGCAACCCCAUCAAACUCAAGUCCAAGAUCCUUGGAGCCGUUGUUGACCCCCGUGCUCCCUCAUCGGCCAUCUUCGUAGCCGAGUCUGCCGGAUCAGUCCGGAGAGUCCAGGUCGAUGGUGAGGGAGACACAAAGACAGUCUACCGCGGUCCCACGACACCCGUCAGUUGUGUAGCUGUGGGUGGCCCCGGCAACAAGACCGUCUUUGCCGGUGCCUGGGACAAAAACAUCUGGUCCUGGGACAUUGAUACCAAGGCUCCGGGCCGCAAAUAUGCUGGUCACUCGGACUUCGUCAAAGCCAUCGUUUGCGCAAGGCUGGGCGGAAAGGAUGUUCUGGUCAGUGGUGGUGCUGACAAGAAGAUCAUUGUUUGGGACAUUGCAACCGGCUCCAAGCUUCAUGUGCUACAGGACAGCGUGGUGAACAUGCUCAGCAUCCAGGACCUGGUCGUCGACCCUGCUUCUUCGUCACCGGAUGAGUUGUGUAUCAUCAGUGCCAGCAGCGACCCGCACAUCCGCCGUUGGAAGAUUCGUUUAAAUGGGUGGGAGCAGUUUGCGGAGCCUGACCCUGCUACCCCGGCAGCAGAGCGACAUACCAUUCUUGAGCACGAGACGACCGUCUAUAAGCUGGUCAUCGAUCACGACGGCGAUGAGGCCGACUUGUGGUCUGCGAGCGGUGACGGAUCCGCCAAAUGUCUGUCCAGAAUCAAGGGCUUCACUGCUGACGACACUUUCGAGCACGGCGACCAUGUCCGUGCUGUGGCGGUCACAGAUCAAUGGGUCAUCACGGCCGGACGCGAUGAAGACCUCAAGGUCUGGGACCGGACUUCAGGCAAACUUUACUGCUCCCUGGAGGGUCACUAUGACGAAGUGACCGAGCUGGUCAUUCUCAGGGGCUCCGUCGGAUCAAGCGAGCGCGUUUGCAGUGUGAGCAUUGAUGGCACCAUCCGGACGUGGCCCUUGGACAAGGCUAGUCUAGAUGCUGCCGUCGAGGAGCAAAAGAAGCCUAUCAAGCCUGCAGAGGAGGAGAAACCCGAUGGUGAAGGGCUAUUGACGGCCGAUGAAGAGGCCGAGCUUGCCGCCCUGAUGGAGGAUGACGAUUAAAAGUGGACCAUAACCUAUGCAUCAUCCCAUCGUGGGCUUCUGCAGGAAAAAAUGUCAAGGCAGCCGUUUCGACGCUUACCCGUAUCUCGAUGCCUGACCCUUGGCCGAGUCGGUUGCGCUCCUGUCUGCAUUAGCGAGAUAUUCUUUCUCGUGAACGGGUACACUGCGUCAGUGCUUGUCAGAACCAGACCUCCAAGGACCCCUUUCGCACUCCGUGAGUCCAUCAAUUUGUGGCAGCCAUAUGCGGUCACCCGUUCAGCUUUACGGAUGCGCGCCCUGGCUGGGGCUGUGGUUGGUUCCAAGGAACAUGAACAGGCUCUCGUUUGCGCCGCACGGCAUCCAGAAGUUUCGAAACGAACAGGGCAGCCUUGGACCUAUGAUAGCCGCUUUCUCCUCCAUCGCUUGGUUGUCACCGGUCUCUGGCACUUUCAACAAGCUUCAAACUCCUGUCUGGCUGCAGGGAAACAUAUGUACAUCUAUGCGGCCGACCGCCACGAGGGAGAAACAUCGGAGAUUGCCACGUUUACACGCUUAGGAGGAGGUGAGAAAACGUGGAAAAGGAGUCACUUGAACCAUCGGAGGGAGAAGCCCAGCUACCUGGUGCAACCAACAACAAGACAUACCCACCCACGUACCGGACCCUUGUAAAGUGAACCCAUGAACAUGAGAGUGGACAAUGCAACUGAUAGUAAGCGAGUUGGCGAGAAAGAGCAGCGAGUUGCAAUUUUUUUUUUGCUUGCGAAUUCGGGGACUUGGUCACGUUUAUUGGCUAAACAGUGAGAUGAGAGUAGUAAGCAAAAAGGCAUAUUGCACAGUGAAAAGCAUUGCCAACAAGAGGGAAGCUUCUGAGAGCAGACAGACGGCUAGACUUGGCAUAGAAGCUCCCUCGCUUCGCUAAUUCCCCGUCAGUCAGCCCAGGCAGGCCGAUCAUUCGAACACAGUACGGGGUACCUGCA